UGCCUAAAGACUGGGUGAAUGCAGAGAAAAUGCAUGUAUACAACUAAUGCUAUAGCUUUCUCAUCCUCAGUAAGCACAGCUACUGCAAAGUCGUUGACUCUGACCCAACUGUAAGGAUGGGGCGAGCUCAUCAAGUGACAUUGAUGUUCCCUGCAAAAUUAUUCUUGGUGACGUCUUGACCAUUUAAGCUUUGACUUACAACUUACAUAAAACACAUGCAGGGACUCUUGUGAGUUUUGUUUUUUUAAACAUCUAGGUGGCUUAUUUUUCUUCUUUUACGCACUUUUAUUCCUUUCUUCUCAUUUUUGCAUCAGACAUGGCGAUUUCUGUCAAUAUGGCUUCGAGAUUGUCUUUGGGCGGCUUUUUGGCCAAAGCGAGAGCUGCUUUGACAGCUCCGGCGGCGCAACGAAAGGGACCUCUUACUUUUGUUGUAGGGAAUGAAUCAGCUGACCUCGAUUCUCUCUGCUCAGCUCUUGUCUACGCUUAUAUGCGCACCCAUACCCCCCCUCAUACCCUACACAUUCCCCUCUCAAACCUGCCCCGCGAUGACCUCGCUCUUCGCACCGAGAUGUCAGCAGUUCUCAAACACGCUGGACUCACUCUCAAAGAUCUCCUAACUCUAUCUGAACUUCCAGACUUGAAACCUGAGGAAACACACUGGUUGUUGGUUGAUCAUAACUCCCUCACAGGUCCACUUAAGAAGUUUUCGGAUCAUGUUACUGGUUGUGUCGAUCACCAUGCCGAUGAGAACGUCAUUGGCAAAGAUGCAGACCCAAGAGUCGUUGAACCUUGUGGAAGCUGUAUGAGUUUGGUGGUCGAUGAGACGAGGAAGACCUGGGAGGAGAUUUCGCACCAGGAUCCUGAGGAUAGCGAUGCGGCUACGGAGAACGACAAGCUUACUAGACUUGCGCUUGCUCCUAUUAUUUCCGACACGAUAAAUCUCACGGCCAAGGAAAAGGUUCGAGAGAAGGAUUUGAAGUCGGUUGAAUUCCUUGAGGGGCGCAUUCACGAUAAAUCCUUUAACCGCACAGCCUACUUUGACGAGAUCUCCGCUGUGAAGGAGGAUAUUUCUGACUUGAGCUUCCGCGACAUUCUGCGCAAAGACUACAAAGAAUGGGAUGGUUCAGGUCUAAAGCUUGGAAUAAGCUGCGUGGUACAAGACUUCAACUACCUCGUCGGCAAAGCCGGUGCUUCAGAGCCGUUGAUCGAUGCCUUCGAGGACUGGGCGAAGGAGCGCGAGCUCGAUGUGGCAAGCAUAAUGACAACGUCCCAUCCCAAUGGGGAGUUUCAGCGCCACCUGCUUGUCUGGGGUGUCACUGACCAAGGUCGUGAGGCGGUGGAUAGGUUUGUGCAAGCUGGUGAUAAGUUGAAGUUGGAGACGUGGAAGGAGGGAGAGCUGGAUCAUCAUGGGCAUAAGAGGUUUGCCUGGAGGCAGAAGGAACUUGCUGCUAGUAGAAAGCAGGUUGCGCCUUUGUUGAGGGAGGCUCUUAAGAAGAGUUGACUGCAAGGGCUGCAGAGUUCCAAGAUAUAACUGCAUGAAUGGAGAGCGAUACGUCACUGAAAGAGGAUAUAUUAUUGCAAGUCAUGAGGUUCUACUUGAGACCUUGACCGAGAAAUCAUAUUCCUAGAUGCAUCAUGAUAUUGUUACAUAUGAUUUGUUAUACACAAGACCCGAACCCAUACUAUGCUUUUCCAAUGCCUAUUUGUGAAACUAUUGUUCCUCAGUCAAAUCCGGUUCCUUAGACGCAUUCAUGCCUUGAUACAUUCUCUGCCUAGCAAAGUACCCAGAAGUCUCAGUAUGGAGAGCCUCAACCUCCUUUAACAUCUUGAGAUACUCUCUGUUCGCCAACCUCUGCUUGCCAUAAUGUGAAUGUCCUCUAAGAUCACCAGCGUUCGAUUCCAAGAGCUUUGCAGCCGCUGGAUCAGCAACCCUGAUGCACGCCUUGAGCGAGCCGUACAGUGGGCCAAACAUGGGCAGGGGUUUAGGCUCGUUGAUCAUCUCAUCAUACACCCAAUGUAGAUUCUCGAUGCAAAAGACCUGGUUAUUGGUACGUGCCAUAGCUUCGUAGACCGUUUUGUAGACAUAUGAGCUCCUGGGUUUCUUGAAGAGAGAUGGUCUGCGGAAUGUGUCCCAGAAUCGGGGCCAGUCCCCUCGUUUCGCGUAGGCGGACAGCAGACUGCUCGUUUGAGUGUUGUUGAAUCGACAGUCCUUCUGCACCAUGAGUGUUUCGAGGUUCUUCUGAGCACGCGCAAGCUGAGGUUGUCCGAAUGAUGGUGAUGACAGACCUCCCUCGAUGAGCGUGAAGAACAUCUCAUCGGUCCAGAUGAUCAUGCCUCGCUCCUCGGCCGUUAAUAGGAUCUGGUCGACAAGAGUGAGCCGUGACCCGGAAGCAGGCUCGACUGCAGGCGCUGUCAUAGCAUCGCGGACGAACUGAUAGAUUUGGCUCUGACCAAGGGGUAAUCCAACCAGCUGAAUGUGUUCAAAGCGCUUACGGACCUGUUCCAGAUCCGGAGUCGGCUGCGCUGAGUGAUCAUGCAGGUCAGCGAUUUCAUCUGAUACGACGGGAGAAGUGUGAAUAAUAUGUGAAGGCUCUGGUGAAAGCCGUCGGGCGCUCGUGGUGUAGGCGCGUCGUUGUUGGGACGCUUUGUGUAAGGCUUGCCAUUGUUGAGCAGAUUCCGACUUGGGGAGCUGAACUUUGGCGGCCAGAAGUUCAUCAAGCUCCUCAGGGCUGUUGAUCUUCUCACCACGAGCUUGCUUGUUUUCUCGCAAACUCUUCUUGAGAACGGUCUGCCACAAACUCUCGAGGUCAAGCUCUGCACGCCGGGAUUCUGUCAUACACUGGAUAACAACUGUGGUGCCUGUUUGAGGAGCACCAAAACCAGAGAAACGGCCGCUAUCGUCCACCUUGGCAGCUUCAUCGAUGCUGUCGCUGUUGGAGGAGAAGUUCACGCAGACCCAUCCUGUCGAGAUACCAUUGUCACCACCAGGAAUAAUAGCAGUAUUCGUACCCAUUAACUUGGCCUUUUUCCGAAGUCGACGGAGCUUCGUCCUUAGUUCACCAGGCCCAAUCAAUCCAUCGGCUCUUGCAGAUAUGUUGUGGUUUUUUCGGAGCCAUCGCACAAAGCGACCAGAUGAAAUGUGAAGAUGUCGUUCGCUUCGAGCUGUCGCAAAAAGCAUGAUCAAGUUGGGACCAAGAGCAGCUGGAGGAUCAAGGUCGCGCAUGUCCAGCAUAGAAAUCUCAUCUAAUCCCAUAUCCUCGAAUAUGUAUUUCACCAUUGGUUCUAGGACCUCUGGUGCACCUUCGGGUAUUUUUGGUAAUUGGACGGCAUGCUGAUUCUCGGGGUGUCGCGGGGGCUCGACUUCAAGAAACCAGGGAACAUCUUCAGGAUCUUCGGCCUCUUCUGUAGCUUCGAGUUUUGAAUUGAGAGCAUCGCUUGGAGGAACCGGACUCGAAGACUCUUUUUCGAUUAUCGUAUCGUUCACUUUAACAUCCGAAUAGAACCUUGUCGCUAGAGGAAGCCGUCGUGAAGUGGUCUGUGGCAAGCUGCGAAAAGAGCUUGUGGCUGGCCUUGAUACAACAGCACGAAUAAUAGCGGAUUGGCAUUGGCGGCAACUCAAUGCCGCAGCCGCAGGUCGAGUGAGCAUGUUGAAUUUGAUCUCUCGAUUGAGAUGCAAGACUAGAAAAUCAGAGUCACGGAGCUAAAGAAGCGUAGAGCGUCAUGGCUGAAUUUG